GAAUCCUCUAAAACUGACAAUAUAGAUAAUAAAAAUUUUUGACAGAAAAAAAGAGUUAUAUGGAGAACAAUGCAAAAUUUGACUUUUGUCAGUUCAUCUUUGAAUUUCAAUUGGCUUAAGUUCAAUUAUAUACAUAGUGAAUAAUAAAGAAGCAGUCUAUUAAAACAAAAACCAGAAGUUCAUAUAGCAGAAACCUGACGCAAAUAAUUACUUAAGACUGAUUUUUUUCAACAUCUUAAAGAGCUGAAAGAAAUACUAAAUUUGGUUAUAUCGUUGCAGUGUGUAGCCCAAUUUAUUAAAGAAGUAAUUCAUCUCUGACAAAUUUCCUGGAAAAUGUCUUUCAGCAAUCAAGCAGAAAUUGCUCCUCCUUUAAUUGCAUCAGAUCAGACAGACGGAAUUGCAAAAGAUAAUGAAGUUAAAUUGAUCAGAAGUAAUCUAAUAAGUCAAGUAGAAGCUAACCGACAGAAAAGUAAAAGAUUAAAGCAGUUGAUUGAAGAACGUCGAGUGACUGUGGAUGCACGACACACCUACAUAAUGCAAACGUUAGCCCAGGCAACACAAUUAGAUACACAACAAAUUACCGACGCCUUGUUAAUGGAUGAUAAGUGGUCCGAAUUCGAUGAAUUCUUUCAAGCUAAAGGAAGUCGAAGAUUAUUGUUCUACUAUCAAGAAGCUCCUGGACAAACCAGAAAACGAAUAUUUAUUGCUUCUGGAACUCAUGAAGUAUUGCGUGGCACAUGCUUUAUUUUCCUACGGAUCACAGAUAAGGCUAUAACAACAGCAAAUAUUGGUACAGAAGUUUCAUUUCAACAGCUGGAUGCCACAGAAGGACGUUUAUUCGAAUCCGUGCAAAAUUAUUUAGAAAAACUUGCACUACCGGUGUUUGAAGGUUUAGGUGACUCAGAAACUUGUGACAAACUGUUACCAGAAACAGUAAACAUGGAGGAAUUUGUAAUCGUUCUCAGACGUUAUCUAGAUGCAUUAUCAAGUGCCAGAGAAAACAUGAAUGAUAAGAUCGACUUAACUGCUGGACAAGAAUCACAGGCAGCUAUUCAAAUUAUCAACACAAAUGAAAUUGAAAAUAUUAUUGACAGUUCUGAAACCAUGGACCGUUUAAUUCGAUUAGUUGAGAAAUGGGUAAAUCAAAUUGAGCAAAUAUUGAAUCAAUCAGAUCAAGUACGUCGAGAAUCAGACGAUGUCGGACCGUCAGCUGAACUAACUUACUGGAGAGCUCGUUUGGUUCGUUUUACAAAUCUAAUAGAAGAAAUGCGUAACCCAAGUAUUCAGGCAAUUAUAUCCACCUUACAUUAUGCGAAAGCACGUGUAAUCAAACACUGGCGCCAUCUGGAUGACCGUAUUAUCAAUGGUGUCAAUGAAGCGAAAGACAAUCUUAAAUAUCUUUUUACACUGGACAACUUUUUCAGUUCAUUUUCCAAUACAAGUCCAUCAAAAAUACGUCAGCAACUACCUGCCUUACUUAAUGCUAUCCGUAUGAUCUAUAGUAUUUCUGAAUAUUAUAAUAAUUCAGAAAGAAUGACGUCUCUAUUUAUCAAAAUAACAAAUCAAAUGAUUGUUGCAUGCAGAAAGUAUGUGACGGAUGGUGUUAGCCGAAUAUGGGAUUUACCGAGAGAUACUUUAUUCGAGCGAAUAAAUGAGUGCAUCCAACUAAAUGAUGACUAUCAAGAAAACUUUCGUAAAGUUCGAUACAGACUUCAAGAAAAUUCAUCUGGUAAACAAUUUGAUUUCAGUGAAAACUAUAUAUUUGGUAAAUUUGACGUGUACACAACAAGACUCAAAAAAAUUUUGACAAUACUUGAGUGUGUGGAUAAUUUCAGUGUACUACUAGAUUUUAAAGCUGAAGGUAUUGAACCAAUAGUUGUACGCUACAAAACAUUCUAUGAUAACCUUCGUAAAAGGAAUUUUGAUGGAGCUGAUCAAAUAAAACGUGAUCUUGACAGGGACUUGGAUGACUAUAAAAGUCAAUUUGAUAUGAUAGCACAACAAGUUCGUGAUUUCCUUGACACAUGGUUUAAACAACCUGCACCCGUCGAACGCCAAUUAAGAACCUUAGAAAAAUUUGAACAAAUCAAGGGUUGUAAUUUAGAUUUACCCUCAAAGUAUGAAUUAGUUUUGAAGAACUACACAAAUGAACUAGAAAUGAUUCGUCAGUUGUACGAAAAACAAAAGUAUGAUCCACCAAUAGCUCGAAACAUAACACCGAUUGCUGGUAAAAUAUUUUGGGCUCGUCAUUUAUACAAACAAAUUGACAAACCAAUGGAACAAUUUAAAGAAAAAUGUCCUGAAGUAUUGUGGGGUCAGGAAGGUCAGAAGUGUGUAAAGAAUUUCAAUCGUAUUGCAGAAGCACUUGUACAAUUUGAAUUAAUUUAUUAUCAUCAUUGGUGUCAGACAAUUGAAAAUGUACAUUCUAGUUUAUCGUCUUCGUUAAUCAUACGUGAUCCUGACACGGAACGUUAUCAUGUAAAUUUUGAUAUAGCAAUAUUGGAGUUGGUUCAUGAAGCUCGAUAUAUGUCAAGUUUAGGUUUGAAUAUACCAAUGGUAGCCAGCCGUUUAUUGGCUCAAGAAAUUAUGCUUAAACAAAGACACAAUAUACUACAAGAAUUACUAAAUGAAAUUGAAGAAACAUGGUCAUCUGUUCCCAGUGUACUUUUGCCUUUAUUCCAACCAUUCCGUGAACGGAUCUGUCAAGUCCUUAGUUCGGGUAUUUAUUUACUGAACUGGAAUUCUACAAGCAUAGAUCCAUUCAUGGAGAAAGUACUCAGUGAACUUGACAGACUCAAACUUCUAAUUAAGCGUACAAGUGAUAUAUUAAACUGUCGCAUUGAAGAUGUUUUUGAAGAUAUGGCUGAAACAAGUUUAUGUGAUUUACCGGAAGAUGAUCAAGUGACAUUAGAUCAAUUCAUCCAGAUAACUGAAACAACUGUUGCAUAUGCAGCGGAAAGUUUAUCUCUUAAAAGUAAUCUUGCAGAAACGGCUGUCAAAGAAAUGCUGGACCUUAUCAAAGCAGAUAUGGAUGAAGAUCAUUUGAAAAAUUUAAGUUCAGAACAAGGUUACGAAUGCAUAUCACAAGAUAAGCGUAGAGGAAGGUGUCUUGAAUGUAAACCGUGUGUAUUUUUCACAUUUCUGAAUCAAUUCACUCAACGCAAUACUGAGGCUUUGAUCAAAUGUACUAGAAAUACGUUGGAAUGCAUAAAACUUAGAAUCCAACCAACAGCAUUAAAAUUCCAUCAAGAACGAAAUCAUGAAAAAGAAGAGAAAAAAGCACCAUUAUUUAAAGUUAAUCUUAUCUUAUCAAUACCAAAUGUUGUUAUGCAACCAUCUUUGGACGAAUUACAAACAGGUUUACAUAAAGCAAUGUCGAUUAUUUUAAAAAUGUCGCAAAAUGUUAAACCAUGGAAACACAUGUUACUUGCACAGAAACAACAACAAAAAGAACUUGAUCAAUUAGCUGAAGCUCAAGGUGAGGAGGCGAAAAUAUCUUCAACAACAAUAAAACCUUUACAUCGUAUCAUUGCUGAACACAAAGAUGUUGUCAAAGUUUCAAUCCAGCUGAACACAAUAUUUAAUGCAUUCAAAGAACAAAUCCAGAAAGUUACCAAUAUCUACAAUGAAUUCGCAGAAUUAUGGACAACAGAUCCUCAGGCAAAUGUAACUGAUUUCAUGAAAAAUGAACCAAUACUGUCCGAAAUUAAUGCACAAAUGAAUUAUUUUUCAAAAAUGGAAAAGCUCAUCGAAUUAAUUCCUUCAUCCAGUCAAGUCGGUUCACUUGUAUUUAAAAGCGAUGAACUCAAAGGGAGUUUAAUCAGAGAAUGUCAAACUUGGCGCCGUACAUACGGUCAAGCGCUCAAUCAACGAUGUGCCACAGAAAUGACCAAAAUUUUGGAACAGUUUGAUAGUCUGUCAAAACGUCUUGGUCGACCUAUUAAAGAUUUGGAUGACGUGAGAGAACAAAUGGCUGCACUUGCUGACUUAAGAGCAUCUGAAAUUCAAUUCGAUAUGACUAUAGGACCUAUUGAAGAAUCCUACGCUUUACUUAAUCGUUAUGAAUUAUAUUUCAAUGAUGGCAAUGCAGAACGUGUAGAUGCACUGUCAUACGGUUUCUCUAAGCUGAAAACUCAGAGUCAACAGGUACAAGAUCAUCUUUUAGAAAUCCAACCCAAAUUUAAAAAUGAACUGAUAGAAGGAGUUGAAACAUAUAAACAAAAUGUAGAUACAUUUGUUUCUGAAUAUGACACAGCCGGACCAAUGGAACCUGGUAUUAUCCCACACGAAGCGUCAGAUCGUCUGAGUUUGUUUCAAGCUCGUUUUGAUGAUUUAUGGCGUAAAUACCAAACUUAUUCAGGGGGUGAAGAGUUAUUCGGUAUGCAUAUAACAGAAUAUCCUGAUUUACAGAGAGUUAGAAAGGAGUUAAAUCUACUACAAAAACUUUAUCAGUUAUAUGAUUCAGUAUUGGAUACUGUCAGUGGCUAUUAUGAUAUUCCAUGGACAGAUGUUGAUAUUGAUUCGAUAAAUCAACAGUUAUUAGAUUUUCAGAAUAGGUGCCGAAAGUUACCAAAGGCACUAAAAGAAUGGCAAGCGUACACAGAACUUAGUAAAACAAUAGAUGACUUCAAUGAAACAUGUCCGUUACUGGAAAUGAUGGCUAAUAAGGCAAUGGCCACCAGACACUGGGAAAGAAUAGAAGAACUAACAAAGCACAAGUUUGAUGUCGAAUCAGAUAACUUCUUACUACGUAAUAUAAUGGAGGCACCAUUGCUAAAAUACAAAGAAGAUAUUGAAGAUAUUUGUAUCUCGGCAGUUAAAGAAAAGGAUAUUGAAGCUAAGCUGAAAACUGUUAUUAAUGACUGGUCAAGUCAGAGCUUUCAAUUUAGUCUCUUCAAAACGCGCGGCGAAUUAUUACUUAAAGGUGACAGCAUUGGUGAAGUCGUUGCCCUCAUGGAGGAUUCUUUAAUGAUGCUAGGAUCGUUAAUGUCAAAUCGAUAUAAUGCACCGUUCAAGCCUAAAAUACAAGAAUGGGUACAAAAACUUACUACAACUAGUGAAAUAAUCGAAAAUUGGUUACAAGUUCAAAAUCUAUGGAUUUAUUUAGAGGCUGUAUUUGUUGGUGGUGAUAUAGCCAAACAGUUACCUCAAGAAGCCAAGCGUUUUGCUAAUAUUGACAAAAGUUGGCAGAGAAUUAUGCAAAGAGCCCAUGAAAUGCCGAACGUUGUCAACUGCUGCACGGGUGAUGAUACACUGAGUCAGUUAUUGCCACAUUUAUUAGAACAACUGGAACUUUGUCAGAAGUCGUUGACUGGUUAUCUGGAGAAGAAACGUCUUGUAUUUCCGAGAUUCUUUUUUGUCUCAGAUCCAGCAUUAUUGGAAAUUCUCGGUCAAGCAUCUGAUUCGCACACAAUUCAAGCACAUCUAUUAAAUGUAUUUGAUAACACUAAAACUGUGACAUUCGAUGAUAAGGUUUAUGAUAAAAUUUUGGCUGUUAAUUCUCAAGAAGGAGAAACUGUUCACUUAGUGAAUCCAGUUAUGGCACAGGGUAACGUUGAAGUAUGGCUUGGUGAUUUAUUACAAAUGUCCAGGAGUUCACUGCAUUCUAUUAUAAAAUCAGCAUAUUUUGCUAUUAAUGAUCAACAAUUCAACUUGUUAGAAUUUGAGAAUUCCUAUCCAGCCCAAGUAGGCCUACUUGGUAUUCAAAUGCUAUGGACAAGAGAUUCACAAGAAGCAUUGAGACAAGCUAAAAAUGACCGGAGAAUUAUGAACACAACAAACGCUUUCUUCUUAGAAAUAUUGAAUGAAUUGAUUGGUGUUACGACACAAGAACUGUCGAAAAUUGAUCGUACGAAAUUCGAAACUUUAAUCACAAUUCAUGUGCAUCAAAGAGAUAUAUUUAAUGAUCUUGUCCAAAUGAGAAUUAAAUCGCCAAAAGACUUCGAAUGGUUAAAACAGUCAAGAUUUUAUUUCAAUGAAGAAAAUGAUCAGUGUGUUGUUAGUAUUACUGAUGUGGAUUUCAUUUAUCAAAAUGAAUUUUUAGGAUGCACAGAUCGAUUGGUUAUUACGCCACUGACUGAUAGAUGUUAUAUAACAUUAGCUCAGGCUCUUGGAAUGUCACUUGGUGGUGCACCUGCUGGACCCGCCGGUACAGGUAAAACAGAGACAACUAAAGAUAUGGGUCGUUGUCUUGGUAAAUAUGUUGUUGUCUUCAAUUGCUCUGAUCAGAUGGAUUAUCGUGGGUUGGGUCGUAUCUAUAAAGGAUUGGCACAGUCAGGAUCAUGGGGCUGUUUUGAUGAAUUCAACAGAAUUGAAUUACCGGUAUUAUCUGUUGCUGCACAACAAAUCGCCAUUGUGCUAACGUGUAAGAAAGAAAGAAAACCACAAUUUAUAUUUACUGAUGGAGAUACAGUUGAUAUGGAUCCUGAAUUCGGAAUAUUUUUAACAAUGAAUCCUGGUUAUGCUGGUCGUCAGGAAUUACCAGAAAAUUUGAAAAUCAACUUCCGCACAGUUGCCAUGAUGGUACCAGAUAGAGCAAUUAUUAUGCGUGUUAAACUAGCAGCCUGUGGUUUCUUGAAUAACGUGGAUCUGUCUAAGAAGUUCUAUACACUUUAUAAACUUUGUGAAGAGCAACUUUCAAAACAAGUACAUUACGAUUUUGGCUUAAGAAAUAUCCUAUCAGUUCUACGUACCUUAGGCGCCUUUAAACGUGCUAAUCCACAAGAUUCAGAGACAAUGAUUGUCAUGCGUGUGUUACGUGACAUGAAUUUAAGUAAGCUAGUUGAUGAGGACGAACCAUUAUUCAUGUCUUUAAUCCUGGAUUUAUUUCCUGGAAUGCAGUUAGAUAAAAAAGGUUAUCCUGAAGUCGAAGCUUCACUGGAGAAACAGAUAGACCAACUUGGCCUGAUUUACCAUCCACCAUGGGUGCUAAAAUGUAUACAACUUUAUGAAACUCUUAGAGUUCGUCAUGGUGUAAUGACACUUGGACCGUCCGGCGCUGGCAAAACAAAAUGCAUUAAUGCCUUAAUGAAAGCAAUGACUGAAACUGGUGAUCCACAUCGAGAAAUGCGUAUGAAUCCAAAGGCGAUAACGGCACCUCAAAUGUUUGGUAGAUUAGAUGUAGCUACAAAUGAUUGGACAGAUGGUAUCUUUUCAACCUUAUGGAGACGUACUCAUAAGGUUAAAAAGGGUGAACAUAUAUGGUUGAUUUUAGAUGGACCAGUAGAUGCAAUAUGGAUUGAAAACUUAAAUUCUGUAUUGGAUGACAAUAAAACACUGACAUUAGCCAAUGGUGACAGGAUACCAAUGGCGCCGACUGCGAAAAUUUUAUUUGAAGUGCACAAUAUAGACAAUGCUUCACCAGCUACUGUAUCCCGCAAUGGUAUGAUUUUUAUGUCAAGUUCCAUAAUGACUUGGGAACCAAUUUUAAGAGGAUGGCUUAGAACUCGUUCCCCAGCUGUAACAGAUUCAAUAUUAAACACUUUCAAAGAAUUUUUUGAAGAUACUUAUCGAUUUGUAACACAAAAUCUAGAACCAAAGAUGGAAACCUUACAGUGCAAUUACAUUCGGCAGGCAAUUAACCUUCUUGAAGGUUUACUACAGGGGAUGGAUGAAAAAGAAAUCAAGCAACUUCAUAUGGAUAGACUGAUCACAUUUUCAGCAAUGUGGUCCUUAGGUGCUCUGCUAGAAUUACCAGAUCGCUUAAAGUUACAACAGUUCUUAGUGGAACAAAGAAAAUUACCAUUACCUAAUUGUGGAGUAGAUGAUACAAUAUUUGAGUAUACGGUGGAUGAACGUGGUGAAUGGGCACACUGGGAGAGUAAAGUACCGACCUAUGCCUAUCCAGCUGACUAUACACCUGAGUAUACUGGGAUUCUUGUUCCAAAUGUGGAUAAUACAAGAACAGAUUUCUUGCUUGAUUUAAUCACUAAGCAAUGUAAACCUGCUAUGUUGAUUGGGGAACAGGGAACAGCAAAAACGGUGAUUAUUAAAGGAUACUGUGGCAAGUACAAUCCAGAGGUGCAUACAUUCAAAUCAGUUAACUUUUCAAGUGCAACCACACCGAAUAUGUUUCAACGCACUGUUGAAAGUUAUGUGGAUAAACGCAUGGGUAGUACAUUUGGACCACCAGCUGGAAAGAAAAUGACAAUAUUUAUUGAUGAUAUCAAUAUGCCAAUUAUUAAUGAAUGGGGUGACCAGAUUACAAAUGAAAUAACUAGACAAUUGAUGGAAAUGUCUGGUUUCUAUAGUUUGGACAAGCCCGGUGAUUUUACAUCAAUUAUUGAUAUUCAGUUUGUGGCCGCUAUGAUUCAUCCUGGUGGAGGUCGUAAUGAUAUACCUCAGAGACUCAAACGUCAAUUCAGUAUAUUCAACUGUACGCUACCUAGUAACGCUUCAAUGGAUAAAGUGUUUGGUUCUCUGGGAUUGGGUCAUUUUUGUACCCAAAGAGGUUUUUCAACGGAUGUUAUUAAAACUAUUCAGUAUCUGGUUCCAGCGACCAGAAAACUUUGGCAACGCGUUAAGGUGAAAAUGUUACCAACUCCAGCUAAGUUUCAUUAUGUAUUCAAUCUACGUGAUGUUAGCCGCAUUUGGCAAGGAAUGCUACGUACGACUUCAGACGUUAUUCGAAGCGCAUCGACAGCAUUAGCUUUAUGGCAGCAUGAAUGUACUCGUGUUAUAGCUGAUCGCUUUACUGAGCAUAGUGAUCGGGAAUGGUUCGACAGAACUUUGAAACAAGUUGGAACUGAAGAAUGUGGCGCUGUGGCGAGUCAAGUUGAUUGGUCAGAUCCGUAUUUCGUUGAUUUCCUUAGAGAUGCUGCAGAACCAACUGGUGAGGAGACAGAUGAAGCAGAUUUUGAAGCACCAAAAGUAUACGAACCGAUAGCAAGCUUCGAAAAGUUGCAUGAUCGCUUAAACAUGCUAAUGCAGAUGUACAAUGAAUCCGUUCGGGGCAACAAACUAGAUUUAGUAUUUUUCAAGGACGCUAUGACUCAUCUCGUGAAAAUUUCUCGAAUUAUACGAACACCAAAAGGUCAUGCGUUGUUGGUCGGAGUCGGUGGGUCUGGAAAACAAUCCCUUACACGUCUAGCUUCAUUUAUAGCCGGUUAUAAAACAUUCCAAAUAACUCUGAGCAGGUCAUAUAAUGUUUCAAAUCUCACAGAAGAUCUUAAGUAUCUUUAUCGAACAGCGGGUCAACAAGGUCAAGGAAUAACUUUCUUAUUUACAGAUAAUGAAAUCAAAGAUGAAUCAUUUUUGGAAUAUUUAAAUAAUAUGCUUAGCUCCGGUGAAAUCGCUAACCUGUUUGCACGUGAUGAGAUGGAUGAAAUUCUACAGGAAUUAGUUGGUCCCAUGAAACGUGAAUUUCCUCGUCGACCUAUUACUAAUGAAGCUUUGGCGGAAUAUUAUUCAAGUCGAGUUACUCAAAACUUACAUGUUGUACUAUGCUUUUCUCCGGUUGGACAGAAGUUUCGUAAUCGUAGUUUGAAAUUCCCUGGACUAAUUUCCGGCUGUACUAUGGAUUGGUUCCAGAGAUGGCCAAAAGAUGCGUUAAUUGCUGUUUCAAACCACUUCUUGUCGAAUUUUGACAUAGUUUGUACGCCUAAUGUAAAGAAGGCAGUAGUACAAACAAUGGGUGUGUUUCAAGAUUUGGUCGCUGAAUCAUGCAUUGAAUAUUUUCAACGUUUUCGUCGUCAAACUCAUGUUACACCUAAAUCAUACUUAUCUUUCAUUGGCGGUUAUAUGGAGAUAUAUAAAUCAAAACGUGAAGAAAUCGGUCAAUUAGCAGAACGCAUGAACACAGGUCUAAAAAAAUUAGUUGAAGCUACAGAGUCUGUCAAUGAAUUAAGUAAAGAAUUAGUUGAAAAGGAGAAAGAACUUGCCGUUGCCAACAAAAAAUCUGAAGAAGUCUUAGCUCAGGUAACAGUACAAGCUAAUGCAGCACAGAAGGUGAAAGCACAGGUACAAGUAGUUAAAGAUAAAGCACAAGUUCUGGUCGAUGCUAUUAGUUCUGAUAAAGCAGCUGCUGGAGAAAAAUUGGAAGCUGCAAAACCAGCUCUUAUGGAAGCUGAAGCUGCAUUAGAGACAAUUAAGCCAACACAUAUCUCCACAGUCAGAAAACUUGGCCGACCACCACAUCUGAUUAUGCGUAUUAUGGACUGUGUAUUACUACUGUUCCAAAAGAAGUUGGAUUCUGUGACACCAGAUCCAGAACGUGCUUGCCCUAAGCCCAGUUGGGGUGAAGCAUUGAAACUUAUGGGUGGUUCUAACUUUUUAAAUGGAUUGUUAAAUUUCCCGAAGGAUACAAUUAAUGAAGAAACAGUGGAAUUAAUGGCACCUUAUUUUGAGAUGGACGAUUUUAAUAUGGAACAAGCUAAACGUGUCUGUGGUGACGUGGCCGGCUUAUGCUCGUGGACAAAAGCUAUGGCUUCAUUCUUCACUGUCAACAAAGAAGUUUUACCACUUAAAGCAAUGUUAGCAUUACAAGAAAAGCGACUUGAAGGUGCGAUGGCUGAACUGGCUAUUGCUCAGGGACAAUUAGACGAGAAACAAAGGGAAUUAGAUUUAGUCCAGGCAGAAUAUGAUCGUGCAAUGGCUGAAAAACAAAAGCUUUUAGAAGAUGCUGAAGGGUGCAGAAGGAAAAUGAGUAACGCCACAGCAUUAAUUGAAGGUCUUGCAGGUGAACGUGUCAGAUGGACAGAAGCAAGUCAAACAUUCGAAGAACAAAUUAAUCGGCUGGUUGGUGAUGUACUUUUGGCUACUGGAUUCCUUUCAUACACAGGACCAUUCAAUCAAGAUUUUCGUAAUAUACUAAAUCAAAGUUGGCGUCGUGAGUUGGUACAAAAUAAAAUACCAUUUUCUGAUGAUAUUAAUUAUAUCACAAUGUUGGUGGAUAAUGCCACAUUAAGUGAAUGGGGUGUACAAGGCUUGCCUAAUGAUGAAUUGUCAGUACAAAAUGGAUUAAUUGUAACACGUGCCAAACGUUACCCGUUGUUAAUUGAUCCGCAAGGUCAAGGGAAAGCCUGGUUAAAACGUAAAGAAGCUGAUAACGAAUUACAGAUAACGUCACUGAAUCACAAAUACUUCCGUUCACACUUGGAAGAUGCUUUGUCACUUGGACGUCCAUUGCUAAUAGAAGAUGUUGGUGAAGACCUUGAUCCUGCUUUGGAUAAUGUAUUAGAAAAGAAUUUUAUUAAAUCUGGCUCUACAUAUAAGGUGAAAAUUGGUGAUAAAGAAUGCGACAUUAUGAGUGGAUUUCGUCUUUAUAUUACGACAAAAUUACCGAAUCCGUUAUAUACACCAGAAAUUUAUGCUAAAACUUCAAUAAUUGAUUUUACUGUUACAAUACGUGGUCUGGAAGAUCAACUACUUGGUUUGGUCAUACUAACAGAGAAAAAGGAACUAGAAACAGAAAGAACCAAACUUCUUGAAGAUGUAGCAACUAAUAGACGUAAAAUGAAGGAACUAGAAGACAAUCUUUUGUAUCGUUUAACAACAACAGAAGGGAGUCUCGUUGAAGAUGAGUCAUUGAUUGAAAUGUUAAAUAUCACGAAGACAACAUCGAAUGAAGUACGUGAAAAAUUGAACGUUGCGGUCGACACUGAAGUGAAAAUUAAUGCAGCACGCGAAGAAUAUCGUCCAGUUGCUUCACGUGGUUCAUUACUUUACUUCUUAGUUGUUGAAAUGAGCAUGGUUAAUGUAAUGUAUCAAACAUCAUUACGUCAGUUUCUUGGUCUGUUUGACUUAUCAAUGGUCAGGUCACAAAAAUCACCACAAACACAAAAGCGCAUAGCAAAUAUUAUUGAUUAUUUAACAUUUGAAGUGUACCGUUUUACAGCCAGAGGAUUUUAUGAAAUUGACAAGUUUACAUUCACCGUAUUGUUAACACUAAAAAUUGCAAUGCAUACAAAAGAAGUGAAACCUGAGGAAUUUCAAAUAUUCAUAAAAGGAGGUGCUGCACUAGAUCUUAACGCUGUUGCACCUAAGCCUAAGAAAUGGAUACAGGAUAUGACAUGGUUAAAUCUUAUUGAGUUGAGUAAAUUGAGUCAAUUUAAUCAGUUGCCGGAUCAAGUGGCUGCCAAUGACAGAGCUUGGAAAAAUUGGUUUGAUACAGAAGCUCCAGAGGAUUCUGUAAUUCCAGAUGGAUACGAAAAACUGGAUACAUUUCAUCGUUUGCUACUGCUAAGGUCAUGGUGUCCUGACAGAUGUAUUCCGAUGGCUAAACGAUAUAUCGCAGAACGUAUGGGUACAGCGUUCGCUGAUGGAGUCAUUACAAACUUGGAAGAGAUGAUUGAGGAGUCGGACACUACUACACCAAUGACGUGUUUCUUAUCUAUGGGAUCAGAUCCAACUGAUAAUAUUGAAAGACUGGCCAAAAAGUUGAAUUUAAAAUGUGGUGCAAUUUCAAUGGGACAAGGUCAAGAAGUUCAUGCUCGACGUUUGUUAAAUAUAAGCAUGCAAGAAGGAAGGUGGGUAUUAUUACAAAACUGUCAUCUUGGAUUAAGCUUUAUGGAUGAACUUACAGAAAUAAUAACUACUUCUAAAGGUUCACAUGAAUCGUUUCGUUGUUGGUUGACUACAGAAGCUCAUCCACAGUUUCCAAUUAAUCUGUUACAAUCUAGUAUCAAAUUCACUUAUGAUCCACCAAUGGGUAUACGUGCUGGUUUACGUAGAACUUAUGCUUUGUUAACACAAGAUCAACUGGAUAUUAGUAAUCUCCCACAGUGGAAACCAUUAUUAUAUGGUGUGGCCUUCUUGCACACAACAGUACAAGAACGUAGGAAAUUUGGACCUAUUGGUUGGAACAUACCAUAUGAAUUCAAUCAGUCUGAUUUUACAUCAACGAUUCAGUUUAUUCAGAAUCAUUUAGAUGAAAUUGAUCCUAAAAAGGGGAUUUCAUGGCCUACUGUUCGUUAUAUGAUUGGGGAGGUGCAAUAUGGUGGUCGAGUUACAGAUGACUAUGAUAAGCGUCUACUUAAUACUUACGCCAAAGUAUGGUUUUCUGAAAGUAUAUUCAUUGAUUCAUUCGAAUUCUACCAUGGUUAUAUAAUACCAAAAUGUAGAACAAUUGAUGAAUAUCAAGUUAAUAUUGAUAACCUACCGUUGGUUGAUUCUCCUGAAUGUUUUGGUUUGCAUCCAAAUGCAGAUAUUACGUAUUCAACAAAUACUGUUAAUUCAAUGCUUACUACAAUCGUUAACAUUCAGCCGAAAGAUAGUGGGGGUGGAGGUGGUGAAACAAGAGAAUCUGUUGUCUACAAAAUGGCAGAUGAUAUUUUAGGAAAAUUACCACCUGACUACAAUCCUUUCGAAGUAAAAGAACGUUUAGUUAAAAUGGAUCAUUUGAAACCACUUCACAUAUUUCUUAGACAAGAAGUAGAUCGUAUGCAACGCGUUAUUACAAAUGUGAGGACAACACUGACAGAUUUAAAGUUGGCUGUCGAUGGAACAAUUAUUAUGUCAGAAAAUUUACGUGAUGCUCUAGACAACAUAUUUGAUGCACGUAUUCCUAGUUCAUGGAGGAAGAUGUCUUGGGAGUCAGCUACCCUUGGAUUUUGGUUUACGGACUUACUCGAUCGAAAUGCCCAGUUCAGUGGUUGGCUUUUUGAAGGUCGCCCGGUUUGCUAUUGGAUGACUGGAUUUUUCAAUCCACAGGGAUUCCUAACUGCUAUGAGGCAAGAAGUGGCCAGAGCGAAUAAAUACGCAUUGGAUGAUGUAGUCUUAACAAAUGAUGUAACAAAAUUAAUGCGUGAAGAAUUAACCAAAGGUCCGUCUGAAGGUGUUUACAUUCAUGGUUUGAGUCUAGACGGAGCUGGUUGGGAUCGUAAACAGGCGAGAUUGAUGGAACCUCCACCGAAGCUGCUGUACACACCACUUCCAGUUGUUCAUGUAUCUGCAUACUCUCAGUCAAUUGGUGAGAAAAGUAAACCAGGAAUAUUUUAUUCCUGUCCAGUAUAUAAGAAACCUAAACGUACAGACUUGAAUUAUAUAUUUCCUUUAAUGCUACGUAGCGCAGUAGAUGCAGACCAUUGGAUUCUACGUGGAGUUGCAUUAUUGUGUGAUGUUAAAUAGAUAAAUUUUUCAUUUUACUUCUAUGCGAACAGACACCGAUUAUAAACAAUUAACACUCUCAAAUAUUUCGUUGGUAUAGGAUGUUUCUGAUUUUAUUAUGUAACAUUGCAUUCUUCCGAGUUGUAUUUGGAAUAAAAAUUUAUGAAGUACGUAAAUUGACCUCAUUAUGAGGUUUUCUCUCCUGGACCACACUUUCAAAUAAACUAUUACUU